UGCCGAACCACAACGCACUCCGCUGCAUCGCAAUGUCCCUAACACCAUUUACCAAGCGCGACCUUCAGUAUGACCGACGCCGCUUCACUUGAAUGCCAUCCACGAGUCUACCACGCUCUCAAAGCUCGAAUGUCCGUUCAACCUGCUAUACUCAGCCUCUUCUCGUUCCCUCUGUCUUUCAUCUUUGCCAGGUGAAGGCCACAACGACCGACUGCUUCUACGCUAUGUCUUCUGCGGCCCAGCAUGUGCACAACUAUCAGUUCAUCUUCACCUCACCGGUGCCACCGCCUGUGCUGCUAUUUGCUGCCUGCGCGCCAAGCCCAUACGCUCUUUUGCAAGCAGUUAAAAUCCGCCGUCACCUCGAAUCUUGCCACGACACCUCCUCCUCCACACACUCCUUUUUGACCACACUCUCUUGACUGUCUUGCACUUGGACAACGAUCACACGAUAAACGACCAAAUCUACCAAGACAUACAUUCAAAAACUCAUCGCGACCAAUGCCCGCACCACCGAAGGCUGGCAAUCAACAAGCCAAGAUGCAGGACAUCAGGGCAGACGAAACCUGGGUAAGAUUGUUCUCUCCACAAAAAGGCCUAGCCAGUCUUUGUCAGUUUCUGCUAUUGCGCAUUUCAUUCAAUCAUGUCUCCAUC